AGAGAGAGAGAAGAGAAGAAAGAGAAACAAAAACUUCCCUUUUUCCCUUCUCUCUCUUUCUCACUUCCUCUGUCACGUCUCUGCCCUUUCUGCUUCUUUUCCCUUCUUCCGCCACUGCCGAUUCCUCUCUCUCUCUCUCUGUUCCUAGUUUUUUUGUUUUUCUUUCUUGUUUGCUUUCUCCCUAUUGUUCUUUUUCCGCUCGUCAAGCCACCAAUUCUCUUGCCGAAAAUUGAACUGUAGAGAGAUAUAGACCCAGAAAAAACGUUUCUUUUUCCCCCUUCCCCCUUUUCUUACUCAUCUGUUUUCUGGGCUUCACCCCUCCAUUGGGACUCUGGCUUCUUCGAUUAGGUCAAUGGCCAGUUCGUUUUGUUUGUUUCCAUUAUACCUAUACAGGCGAGAGCUUUGAACUGGGGAGGAGAUGGGUUUUUUGCGAAUCGGAUCAAAUAGUACUGCUGCUGCUGCUGCUGCUGCUUCAUGCUCUGUCUCCUAGCUCAAUCAACAUCUUCUAAUCCCCUCUCUCCCCCCCCUGUUUCUCCAAUCUCUGUUCUUCCCCCCUCAAUUGAAACGAUAGAGAGCUUUACUUCCCAUGGGGGAAGCGGAAGGAGCCGUGAACAGAACCGGCGUUGGAAGCAGCAGCAGCAGCAGCAGCAGAGCAAUGGAGAGUCUUUCGUUGGAGAUAAACCGGUACCCGAGGGAUCUACUGACGAGAUUCAUGUCGAGCGACGGUCACGGCGGGCAGAAGCGUAGAGCUCUAACGAGGGAAGAGGAAGAAGAUGACGAAGCGGAGAGGGAAGCAGAGGAAAUCGAGCUGAAUCUGGGCCUGUCGCUCGGCGGCAGAUUUGGGGUCGACAAGACUUCAAAGAAGAUAAUCCGAUCGUCGUCGAUAGCUAGUUCCAUGCCGUUCCUUCCGGAGCCUGAUGCAUUCAGCUCGCCUCCUGCAGCUACGUCGUAUCCCAUGCUGAUGAGGACAUCGUCUCUGCCGACGGAGACAGAGGAGGAGUGGAGGAAGAGGAAGGAAAUGCAGAGCUUGAGGAGGAUGGAGGCCAAGAGGCGGCGGAGCGAAAAGCAGAGGAACUCGACUACAAAUUCGAAUUCGAAUCCUAGUCUAAGAGGAUUAGUAGCGGGGGGAGGAAGUGGAGGGGAAUUGAGUUUGCUGGACGAAGAGAAGAAGGAAUUGCUAGGGAAUGUUAACAGUAAUAGUAGAGGGAAUUGGAUGGCCCCUUGUAGGCAAGGGGGAAUGAAUUUGAAUAGAAGCAGCAGCGGCAAUCAUUUGCAAUUUGGGUCACAAGGUUCAGUGGAAUCUCAGGGUGGGAAUAGCUCUACCUCUGGAAUGUCAGAAAUGGAGAGUAAGCCUAAUCUUCAAGGAUCAGGCAGUGCAGGCAGUGAAUCAAGAAGCCCGAUGAGCAACCAAUCCUUGCAAGAUCAACGAAACCUGGCCGGAUGUUCUUCAGUCCCCAAACCAACCAUCGAAAAGUCUACCAGAGCUGCUGUCCCAGACCACGAGAACAACCAUAAGAGCCCCGGUGCCUCUUCUUCGGGGGACAAGAGAGGUAGGGAAGCUGGGACGACGAGCGCCAUGGAAGACAUGCCUUGUGUGUUCACUAUAGGGGACGGACCGAACGGGAGACGAGUAGAAGGCAUCCUGUACAAGUACGGCAGAGGAGAGGAGGUUAGGAUAAUGUGUGUUUGCCAUGGCAGCUUCUUGUCACCUGCAGAGUUCGUGAAGCACGCCGGGGGCAUGAAUGUCGACCACCCUCUUAGGCAUAUAGUCGUUAACCCAGCAGGUCCUUCCUUUUCUUAAAUUUGAUUCUCUCCUUCUUGGGUUUGUUUCCACCAUGAAGUAUGAAGCUGCCCCCGUUGAUCUGGGGUGGUGAAGUGAGUAAGAAUAACAAAUUUUAGAGGAUUAGAGGGGUUUCUUUUCAUUCUUUCUUUUUUGUAAUUUAAGCUCUUAAAGGGGCUGAACUUUUUGUUUAUUGAGAGUAUUCUGUAAAUGGUUUUUAUCCUGGUUUUUUUUUUUCUUCCAUGGAAACCAAUUUCAGGAAGGCUGAUGAACUUGUUGAAUGAGCAAGAGCUGAUAUUAGUUGUC